AGACAGUUCAGCUGUUAAGUCUGAAAAGAAAUUCCCGCUUUGACAUUGGCUCCUUUGUUUCCUUAUACGGGAAACUUCGUUGCUCGAGACUGCCGACCACGUGACUAGAAGACGUAUGCGCGCGUUUUGACGUUCGCUGCAACAACACUGCAGAACUGUGAGAAAGAAUACUGUACGGUCUACUUUCAAAUGGCUGUUCUUCAAUCAAACAGGGAGAGAAAACUCAAGCUUCAAGAUCUGAACUCGUUCAUUACCUGCGAACUUUGCAGUGGAUAUUUGAUCAAGCCAACGACGAUCACAGAGUGUCUUCACACAUUCUGCAGAUCGUGUAUCGUGAAAUACUUUCAAGAUAGCGGCGACAAUAGAUGCCCCAAUUGCUCGAUUCUCGUUCAUGAGACCAAUCCGUUUGAAAUGCUCAGGUCCGACAAAACAUUAGAGGAUGUUAUUCACAAGCUUGUUCCCAAGCUACAAGAAAGUGAACAAAAACGUGAAAGAGAGUUUUGUAAGCGCAAUGGCGAUACCAUAGUAAAAGCAAAGGAAAUGGUAGAUAUGAAGCGAUCUCAAGAUUCCGAAACUGAGGAGCCUGACGCUAAACGAAUAAAGAUAUCAGGGACCGAUGAAAACUUCCAUCGCGAUGAUCCUCAGAUCGGAGUUUGCCUAGAAUGUCUUGGUGACGAUUCUGUUGAAGAACAGUCCGUGAGGAAACUGGUGCGUAAAUACAUCCGCUGUUCAUCAAGACUGACAAUAGCACACGUCAAGAAAUUCCUAAAAAUGAAGCUCGAUCUCAAAACUGCUGAUCAGGUCGAGGUGAUGUGUAACGGGGAAAUCAUGGGUAAAGACCACACCCUGGAGUUCGUGUACAUGACAAGGUGGAGAGUAAAGGAAGGAUCUGUCCUCAUUCUUCAGUACAGACCAAGAUUAGACUUUUAGACACACGAGAAAACAGUUAUUUAUAACGAAAGGCUUUAUAUGGUAUUUUUAAAUGAUAUAUAUAUGUAGAGUAUGGAAACUGUUCGAGCUCGUCUUCUAUCUUAUAUUUAGCUUAAACGCCAUGCACGCGUCGUUUCAAUUUUUUAUUUAUCUCCGUCUUAAAACUCCAAAAGAGGACGGUAAUAUUCGAAUAUGGUUUCACAAAAACCUAGACUCGUGACUGAAACGAAAGUUCUUCAUUAACCCAUCUUUAUAUUCUUAAAUUUAAGUAAAACCUUAAAUUCAUAUAACACAAAAAGGAAAGAUUUUACUGUUUAGCAAAAUCUGUUAAACCAUUAAAGCAACAAAAAUAUGCAAUAGAGAUAUUUUCGAGAUAAAUAAUGAGGGAUGUCUAUCGUUCGUACCGAGUUUGGGUUUUGGUCGAGGGUCGAGGGUAAA